ACCACCCCGAGGCAGAAAAGAAGAGGGGCUCACGACGCGCGACAGAAGAGGCGAGCGGCGGAGGGGAGGGGAGGGAAGGAAUGCUCUCCACUCUCCAGCUUCCUGGUGGUCUCAGGCUAUCGUCUUCGGCGCCCAGGUCUUAGGCUCUCUGAUUGGAAGAAAGGAAAGGCUGGGUUACCAUGGGCAUUUCGGCCAAGUGGAUUAAAUCACUGGUUCGCAUAAGAAAGCAGGAAAAGGGGCGGGGUUCAGAAAAUCAAGAAAAGGCAGAAAAUGCCGAGAGCAGCGAAGCCAGCUCUUCUGCUCGACAGCUACACAAACGAAAGCAUUCUCUGGAUCUUGCAGUAGAAGAACUUGCAGUACCUAACGAAACAUCGACGGAUGGCACCAACACACAGUUAGGUUCAAAUUCCGUUUCAUCAGAAAGUGCAUCACGUGAUGCACAUGUUUCUCUGACCGAAGAACUUCUUACAGAAGGGGAUUUGGCUGCAACAGUUAUUCAGUCUGCAUUUCGGGCAUUCUUGGCUAGACGGGCUUUGCGAGCACUGAAAGGUAUAGUUCUACUCCAGGCCCUUGUGAGGGGCCAUAUUGUGAGAAAGCAGACAGCAGAAACACUUCAGUGUAUGCACGAGCUGGUAAGGGCCGAAGCUCGUGUCAGAGCAAGGCAAGCCGGUGUUGCAUUAGAAAACCAAGUGGCACGGAAAAAGGUCCCUGAGCAAGAUGAUUGUGAGAACCAUGUUCGAGAAAUUGAGGAAGGGUGGUGUGGCGGUAUUGGUUCUGUGGCCGAAAUGCAAGCUAAAGUACUGAAAAGGCAGGAAGCUGCUGCAAAACGCGAGAGAGCGAUGGCAUAUGCGUUGACCCAUCAGCGGCAAGCUGGUUUAAGGCAGCAGAAACCUACAAAUCUGCAAGGAUCCGAACUUGACGACGACCACUGGGGAUCAAACUGGGUAGAGAGAUGGGUGGCUGCACGUCCAUGGGAGAACAGGUUACUUGACAACAAUGCCAAAGAAAGCAUGCCAAUGUGUGAUGACAAUCAGGAUGAGGAAAUAAAACCUCAGGUCACACCAAAGGGUAAGGCGCCAACUUCAAGCACAGUCACUCCUCCUAAUGGCCUGAACAAGAAGAAAGGUGCAAACCAUAGGAAGUCAUAUUCGGAUGUAAAUUUCACUUCAUUUGGGCGAUCGUCAAGUGUACUGCCUUCCACCUCUCUAGGAACAUCCAAACAAAAGCAGAAAUCGGAUGAUGAGGCUUUUGAGGAAGUCAGCUCCCAGCCCAUAGAUAUAGCUUCCUUGGCUGUGCUCAAUCAGAAAGAAAGGCGCGGGCAGCUGAAUACAUCGGCCAAGAAGCGUCUGUCCCUGCCAAAUAACGUCGGCGGUGGAGCAUCAAAGGAGACAACCAACAGAAAUCCGACGAAACGAUCUAUCAGUGCCAAGUCCGACCCGAAACCACGGGCGAAUGCGCCUAACCAAGCCCGGAAGCAAGUUGAGUUGCAGGCCUAAUUGCACAUACCACCGUUUCCAAUCUGACUUGGGCAGAUGAGUUCAGUUCCGUUCCGUUCCUGGUGUGUCGUUUCUCCAGUUGUGCAGGCCUUAUCUCCGUGCAUAGUAAUUUUUUUCGGUAAAAAGAUUGCGCAUCUAAAUUGACAGGCGUGUUUCGACAUUCCCAUUGUGCAUGGUUGCCGGUUGCCAUUGGUGUUGUUGUGUUGUCCAUUCUUGGUUUUGCUUAUGUUUUGCCAUCUUUGUAUGCUGUUCUAACUGGAGGCUGAAACAAGUGAUUGUGCUGUUGUGAAGUCUUAAUUUUUCGUUUCUGAUGACAAAA